AUGUCCGAGAAGCACAGUCUUCUGCAAGUGACUCCCCACCGAGAACUCGUGUUCACUGGUCCGUUCACCGACGUCGUCACCGCCCACAUGACUCUGAAGAACCCGACGAGCAAUCCGGUUUGCUUCAAGGUGAAGACUACCGCCCCGAAACAGUACUGUGUUCGUCCAAACUCUGGUGAGUGAUGUUUAUACUUGAAAUUAAUGCAUCAUAGGUGCGGGAUGUUUGAGAAACGCCAAAAAAUUUUUCCGACCGAGCGGUCGGAUUGAAAUUUCCGAACCAGAGACAACCAUAAGACCUGUGAAAAAAGACCUGUGAAUUCCGAACCAGAGACAACCAUAAGACCUGUGAAAAAGGAUUUUAAAAAAUUUUCAAAAAAUUUUAAGGCAUCCUAGUGGGUUAUGAGUGGAAACUGAACGAAUAUGAUCAAAUGAAGUAAUUUAGACAGUUGAAGUAACCUGGCAACCUCUUACAGUCGCGGUAAAGUCGGAAAUGUCCAGAUUGCUGCCCCUUAAGGACACUCCUGCAAUCUCCCACUUGCCUGUCCCGAACUGCCGGCGCUCAACUCAAAACACCUAUGGAAUGCAUUCAAUUUUAAUAUUCAGGUCUUCUGAGAUCCGGGGAUUCGAAGCAAAUCACGGUUAUGCUGCAGCCUCUGGAAGGCAUCCCGAAUGAUGCCGGCCGCCACAAGUUCAUGGUUCAGUCGUGUAUCGCUCCGGCUGAAGAUCUCGUCGAUCUCGAGUCGAUCUGGAAGGUCGUCGACCCAACUGAUCUGACCUACAGCAAGCUGAUGGUCACUUUCCUGGACAAGAAAAACCCGGCCGCGGGAGACGACAAGACUCUUUUGAUCAACGGGCAAGAAGACACGUUUGCUUCAGCCGGGCAGGCUCAGUAAGUAAACUUCCAUCUGAAUAGAAAAUCAAGUGUCAUUUUGAGGGAGCUCGGAAGUUCGUACACGGCAACUCCUUCCCAAGAUGGAACUGUUGCCUCGUUGCGUAAAUCUCUGAAGUCGACGAUCGACGAGAAGGACGAAUUGCAAAAGAAGGUUUAUGGAUUGGAGCAGGAGAUAGAAGUUAUGCUCAAGGUUAGAAAGGCGCACUUCUUUCUUGACAAAACCAGAUAAUUGUAGAAGAACCGCAAGCUGCAGCAGUCGCAAUCAGAUGGAACGCUAGCGGAGGGCGCGUUCCCGACACUGCAGGUGUUCCUGAUCGCCGUCGCCGCCCUUCUCAUCGGACUCAUCUUCGGGCGCCUCUUCUAA